AUGAAUGUCGAAGAUAAUUGCCUCAGUACUGGCCCUAUUAUAGCGGGAACACCUUCGAGGAAGAUUAUAACCGGACCCAAUGGUGGAAGAUUCAGCAACUUGUGCGAUGUCACUUUCCAGGAUCCCAAGAACACUGGUUCCUAUGGACUUAUGAUGUAUGCGAACACAGAUUAUUAUCAGCCGUUCUACCAAAACGGCGAGUUAUGGGCGACCAACUCCCUCACCUGUGGCGAGACCUUCCUAAAUACCUACAAAGUUAUCAAAGUCUCGAAUGGUUCGCCUUCCAUGCUCUUUGGCGAUACGCUGAACCAGAACCUCGUCCCAUGCUAG